CUGCUUUGUAUGGCUCUGCAUAGCAGAGCCAUACAAAGCAGUGUUCUUACAGUGAAGCACACAAACAGCUCCCAUAGCGAAACAACACGCAGUUAACCCUUUGAUUGCCCCUCAUGUUAACCCCUUCCUGCCCAGUGCCAUUAGUACAGUGCCAGAGCAGACUGACAACUCAUGAGGCCCCUGGGUAAUAGGGGAUCAUGGGGCCCCUGUGUCCUUGCCCACACUCAAAAAAGCCUAUGAAAAAGGUACCAGGGGCAUCUCAUGGGGCCCCCUACAGACCCUGGGCCCUCGGGCAGUGCCCCAGUCUCCAAAGGGUCAGUUCGCCCCUGGGUGACAGUGUUUCU